AAACCAGCAUCAGCUGACUUGAAAGAAGAUAAGAUCCCAGCUAAACCCGAAGACAAACCCAAGUCCUCUCUGGAUUCAGUUAAGCCCAGUCCUACGAUGCAUUCAGAUGAUGAAAGCGAUGAAGAAUUUGGUGAACGUAUACCCCAAGAACAGCCACUCCCUUCGUUUGUUUCUUCUGUAGUUUCUGGAGAUAAAUCUCCUCUUAAAGACAUCCUUAAACUAGAAACGGUGACUGUGUCCAAGGCAGAAGAAUUUGCAAGCUAUACUAAAACAAAUAUUGCCACUGUGGUCUCGAAGACUUCCGAUUUGAUUACAAGUUCAUUCACUGACGACAAACCUAAGCUAACUGACUUGGAGGACGAUAAGCCCAUUGACUCGAAAGACGAUAGGGUCCAAGCUAAGCACGAGGAUAAACCCAAGUCCCCUCUGGACUCAGUUAAGUCUAGUCUCAUAGUGUAUUCAGACGAUGAAAGUGAAGAGGAAUAUGGUUCUCCUAGACCCCAAGGAAAGCCCGCUAGUCAGCCAAUUCCAUCAGCUGAUCCAUAUCUCGUUGCUGGAGAUAAAUCUCCGCUUAAACCUGGAGAGAAACCAGCACCAGUUGUGUUGAAAGACGAUAAGAUCCCAGCUAAACCCGAAGACAAACCCAAGUCCCCUCUGGAGUCAGUAAAAAGCGAUGAGGAAUAUGGUGUUCCUAGACCCCAAGAAAAUCCCGUUAGUCAGCCAAUUCCAUCAGUUGUUUCAUCUCUCGUUGCUGGGGAUAAGUCUCCGCUUAAAACUGAAGAGAAACCAGCAUCAGCUGACUUGAAAGAAGAUAAGAUCCCAGCUAAACCCGAAGACAAACCCAAGUCCCCUCUGGAUUCAGUUAAGCCCAGUCCUACGAUGCAUUCAGAUGAUGAAAGCGAUGAAGAAUUUGGUGAACGUAUACCCCAAGAACAGCCACUCCCUUCGUUUGUUUCUUCUGUAGUUUCUGGAGAUAAAUCUCCUCUUAAAGAUAUUCUUAAACCAGAAACGGUGACUAAUUUCAAGGCAGAAGAAUUUGCAAGUUCUACUAAAACAAAUAUUGCCACUGUGGUCUCGAAGACUUCCGAUUUGAUUACAAGUUCAUUCACUGACGACAAACCUAAGCUAACUGACUUGGAGGACGAUAAGCCCAUUGACUCGAAAGACGAUAGGGUCCAAGCUAAGCACGAGGAUAAACCCAAGUCCCCUCUUGACUCAGUUAAGUCUAGUCUCAUAGUGUAUUCAGACGAUGAAAGUGACGAGGAAUAUGGUGUUCCUAGACCCCAAGAAAAGCCCGCUAGUCAGCCAAUUCCAUCAGUUGUUCCAUCUCUCGUUGCUUUAGAAAAAUCUCCUCUUAAACCUGAAGAGAAAUCAGCACCAGUUGUCUUGAAAGACGACAAGAUCCCAGCUAAACCCGAAGACAAACCCAAGUCCCCUCUGCAUUCAGUAAAGCCCAGUCCUGCGAUGUAUUCAGAUGAUGAAAGCGAUGAAGAAUUUGGUGAUCGUAGACCCCAAGAAAAGCCACUACCUGCGUUUGUUUCUUCUGUAGUUUCUGGAGAUAAAUCUCCUCUUAAAGAUAUCCUUAAACUAGAAACGGUGACUGUGUCCAAGGCAGAAGAAUUUGCAAGCUAUACUAAAACAAAUAUUGCCACUGUGGUCUCGAAGACUUCCGAUUUGAUUACAAGUUCAUUCACUGACGACAAACCCAAACUAACUGACUUGGAGGACGAUAAGCCCAUUGACUUGAAAGACGAUAGGGUCCAAGCUAAGCACGGUGAUAAACCCAAGUCCCCUCUUGACUCAGUUAAGUCUAGUCUCAUAGUGUAUUCAGAUGAUGAAAGUGACGAGGAAUAUGGUUUUCCUAGACCCCAAGAAAAGCCCGCUUGUCAGCCAAUUCCAUCAGUUGUUCCAUCUCUCGUUGCUUUAGAUAAAUCUCCUCUUAAACCUGAAGAGAAACCAGCACCAAUUGUUAUAAAGGACGAUAAGAUCCCAGCUAAACCCGAAGACAAACCCAAGUCCCUUCUGGAUUCAGUUAAGCCCAGUCCUACGAUGUAUUCAGAUGAUGAAAGUGAUGAAGAAUUUGGUGAACGUAUUCCCCAAGAACAGCCACUCCCUUCGUUUGUUCCUUCUGUAGUUCCUGGAGAUAAAUCUCCUCUUAAAGACAUCCUUAAACUAAAAACGGUGACUGAGUUCAAGGCUGAAGAAUUUUCAAGUUUUACUAAAACAAAUAUUGCCACUGUGGUCUCGAAGACUUCCGAUUUGAUUACAAGUUCAUUCACUGACGACAAACCCAAACUAACUGACUUGGAGGACGAUAAGCCCAUUGACUUGAAAGACGAGAGGGUCCAAGCUAAGCACGAGAAUAAGCCCAAGUCCCCUCUGGAGUCAGUUAAGUCUAGUCUCAUAGUGUAUUCAGAUGAUGAAAGUGACGAGGAAUAUGGUUUUCCUAGACCCCAAGAAAAGCCCGCUUGUCAGCCAAUUCCAUCAGUUGUUCCAUCUCUCGUUGCUUUAGAUAAAUCUCCUCUUAAACCUGAAGAGAAACCAGCACCAAUUGUCAUAAGGGACGAUAAGAUCCCAGCUAAACCCGAAGACAAACCCAAGUCCUUUCUGGAUUCAGUUAAGCCCAGUCCUACGAUGUAUUCAGAUGAUGAAAGUGAUGAAGAAUUUGGUGAACGUAUUCCCCAAGAACAGCCACUCCCUUCGUUUGUUCCUUCUGUAGUUCCUGGAGAUAAAUCUCCUCUUAAAGACAUCCUUAAACUAAAAACGGUGACUGAGUUCAAGGCUGAAGAAUUUGCAAGUUUUACUAAAACAAAUAUUGCCACUGUGGUCUCGAAGACUUCCGAUUUGAUUACAAGUUCAUUCACUGACGACAAACCCAAACUAACUGACUUGGAGGACGAUAAGCCCAUUGAGUUGAAAGACGAGAGGGUCCAAGCUAAGCACGAGGAUAAACCCAAGUCCCCUCUGGACUCAGUUAAGUCUAGUCUCAUAGUGUAUUCAGACGAUGAAAGUGAAGAGGAAUAUGGUGAUCCUAGACCCCAAGGAAAGCCCGCUAGUCAGCCAAUUCCAUCAGCUGAUCCAUAUCUCGUUGCUGGAGAUAAAUCUCCGCUUAAACCUGAAGAAAAACCAGCACCAGUUGUCUUGAAAGACGAUAAGAUCUCCGCAAAAUCCGAAGACAAACCCAGGUCCCCUCUGGAUUCAGUUAAGCCCAGUCGUACAGUGUAUUCAGACGAUGAAAGCGAUGAGGAAUAUGGAGUUCCUAGACCCCAAGAAAAGCCCGCUAGUCAGCCAAUUCCAUCAGUUGUUCCAUCUCUCGUUGCUUUAGAAAAAUCUCCUCUUAAAACUGAAGAGAAACCAGCAUCAGCUGACUUGAAAGACGGUAAGAUCCCAGCAAAACCCGAAGACAAACCCAAGUCCCCUCUGGAUUCAGUUAAGCCCAGUCGUACAGUGUAUUCAGACGAUGAAAGCGAUGAGGAAUAUGGUGUUCCUAGACCCCAAGAAAAGCCCGCUAGUCAGCCAAUUCCAUCAGUUGUUCCAUCUCUCGUUGCUUUAGAAAAAUCUCCUCUUAAACCUGAAGAGAAAUCAGCACCAGUUGUCUUGAAAGACGACAAGAUUCCAGCAAAACCCGAAGACAAACCCAAGUCCCCUCUGGAUUUAGUUAAGCCCAGUCGUACAGUGUAUUCAGACGAUGAAAGCGAUGAGGAAUAUGGUGUUCCUAGUCCCCAAGAAAAGCCCGCUAGUCAGCCAAUUCCAUCAGUUGUUCCAUCUAUCGUUGCUGGAGAUAAAUCUCCGCUUAAACCUGAAGAGAAAUCAGCACCAGUUGUCUUGAAAGACGAUAAGAUCCCCGCAAAAUCCGAAGACAAACCCAGGUCCCCUCUGGAUUCAGUUAAGCCCAGUCGUACAGUGUAUUCAGACGAUGAAAGCGAUGAGGAAUAUGGAGUUCCUAGACCCCAAGAAAAGCCCGCUAGUCAGCCAAUUCCAUCAGCUGAUCCAUAUCUCGUUGCUGGAGAUAAAUCUCCGCUUAAACCUGAAGAAAAACCAGCACCAGUUGUCUUGAAAGACGAUAAGAUCCCCGCAAAAUCCGAAGACAAAGCCAGGUCCCCUCUGGAUUCAGUUAAGCCCAGUCGUACAGUGUAUUCAGACGAUGAAAGCGAUGAGGAAUAUGGAGUUCCUAGACCCCAAGAAAAGCCCGCUAGUCAGCCAAUUCCAUCAGUUGUUCCAUCUCUCGUUGCUUUAGAAAAAUCUCCUCUUAAACCUGAAGAGAAAUCAGCACCAGUUGUCUUGAAAGACGACAAGAUCCCAGCUAAACCCGAAGACAAACCCAAGUCCCCUCUGGAUUCAGUUAAGCCCAGUCGUACAGUGUAUUCAGACGAUGAAAGCGAUGAGGAAUAUGGAGUUCCUAGACCCCAAGAAAAGCCCGCAAGUCAGCCAAUUCCAUCAGUUGUUCCAUCUCUCGUUGCUUUAGAUAAAUCUCCUCUUAAGCCGGAAGAGAAAUCAGCACCAGUUGCCUUAAAAGACGAUAAGAUCCCAGCUAAACCCGAAGACAAACCCAAGUCCCCUCUGGACUCAGUAAAAAGCGAUGAGGAAUAUGGUGUUCCUAGACCCCAAGAAAAGCCCGCUAGUCAGCCAAUUCCAUCAGUUGUUCCAUCUCUCGUUGCUUUAGAAAAAUCUCCUCUUAAACCUGAAGAGAAAUCAGCACCAGUUGUCUUGAAAGACGACAAGAUCCCAGCUAAACCCGAAGACAAACCCAAGUCCCCUCUGGAUUCAGUUAAGCCCAGUCGUACAGUGUAUUCAGACGAUGAAAGCGAUGAGGAAUAUGGAGUUCCUAGACCCCAAGAAAAGCCCGCAAGUCAGCCAAUUCCAUCAGUUGUUCCAUCUCUCGUUGCUUUAGAUAAAUCUCCUCUUAAGCCGGAAGAGAAAUCAGCACCAGUUGCCUUAAAAGACGAUAAGAUCCCAGCUAAACCCGAAGACAAACCCAAGUCCCCUCUGGACUCAGUAAAAAGCGAUGAGGAAUAUGGUGAUCCUAGACCCCAAGGAAAGCCCGCUAGUCAGCCAAUUCCAUCAGCUGAUCCAUAUCUCGUUGCUGGAGAUAAAUCUCCGCUUAAACCUGAAGAAAAACCAGCACCAGUUGUCUUGAAAGGCGAUAAGAUCCCCGCAAAAUCCGAAGACAAAGCCAGGUCCCCUCUGGAUUCAGUUAAGCCCAGUCGUACAGUGUAUUCAGACGAUGAAAGCGAUGAGGAAUAUGGAGUUCCUAGACCCCAAGAAAAGCCCGCUAGUCAGCCAAUUCCAUCAGUUGCUCCAUCUCUCGUUGCUUUAGAAAAAUCUCCUCUUAAACCUGGAGAGAAAACAGCACCAGUUGUCUUGAAAGACGACAAGAUCCCAGCUAAACCCGAAGACAAGCCCAAGUCCCCUCUGGAUUCAGUUAAGCCCAGUCGUACAGUGUAUUCAGACGAUGAAAGCGAUGAGGAAUAUGGAGUUCCUAGACCCCAAGAAAAGCCCGCAAGUCAGCCAAUUCCAUCAGUUGUUCCAUCUCUCGUUGCUUUAGAUAAAUCUCCUCUUAAGCCGGAAGAGAAAUCAGCACCAGUUGCCUUAAAAGACGAUAAGAUCCCAGCUAAACCCGAAGACAAACCCAAGUCCCCUCUGGACUCAGUAAAAAGCGAUGAGGAAUAUGGUGAUCCUAGACCCCAAGGAAAGCCCGCUAGUCAGCCAAUUCCAUCAGCUGAUCCAUAUCUCGUUGCUGGAGAUAAAUCUCCGCUUAAACCUGAAGAAAAACCAGCACCAGUUGUCUUGAAAGACGAUAAGAUCCCCGCAAAAUCCGAAGACAAAGCCAGGUCCCCUCUGGAUUCAGUUAAGCCCAGUCGUACAGUGUAUUCAGACGAUGAAAGCGAUGAGGAAUAUGGAGUUCCUAGACCCCAAGAAAAGCCCGCUAGUCAGCCAAUUCCAUCAGUUGUUCCAUCUCUCGUUGCUUUAGAUAAAUCUCCUCUUAAACCGGAAGAGAAAUCAGCACCAGUUGUCUUAAAAGACGAUAAGAUCCCAGCUAAACCCGAAGACAAACCCAGGUCCCCUCUGGAUUCAGUUAAGCCCAGUCGUACAGUGUAUUCAGACGAUGAAAGCGAUGAGGAAUAUGGAGUUCCUAGACCCCAAGAAAAGCCCGCUAGUCAGCCAAUUCCAUCAGUUGUUCCAUCUCUCGUUGCUUUAGAAAAAUCUCCUCUUAAAACUGAAGAGAAACCAGCAUCAGCUGACUUGAAAGACGGUAAGAUCCCAGCAAAACCCGAAGACAAACCCAAGUCCCCUCUGGACUCAGUAAAAAGCGAUGAGGAAUAUGGUGUUCCUAGACCCCAAGAAAAGCCCGCUAGUCAGCCAAUUCCAUCAGUUGUUCCAUCUAUCGUUGCUGGAGAUAAAUCUCCUCUUAAACCUGAAGAGAAACCAGUACCAGUUGUCUUAAAAGACGAUAAGAUCCCAGCUAAACCCGAAGACAAACCCAAGUCCCUUCUGGAUUCAGUUAAGCCCAGUCCUACGAUGUAUUCAGAUGAUGAAAGCGAUGAAGAAUUUGGUGAACGUGUACCCCAAGAACAGCCACUCCCUUCGUUUGUUUCUUCUGUAGUUUCUGGAGAUAAAUCUCCUCUUAAAGACAUCCUUGAAAUAGUAACGGUGACUGAGUCCAAGGCAGAAGAAUUUGCAAGCUAUACUAAAACAAAUAUUGCCACAGUGGUCUCGAAGACUUCCGAUUUGAUUACAAGUUCAUUCACUGACGACAAACCCAAACUAACUGACUUGGAGGACGAUAAGCCCAUUGACUUGAAAGACGAUAGGGUCCAAGCUAAGCACGGUGAUAAACCCAAGUCCCCUCUUGACUCAGUUAAGUCUAGUCUCAUAGUGUAUUCAGACGAUGAAAGUGAUGAGGAAUAUUGUGUUCCUAGACCCCAACAAAUGCCUGCUAGUCAGCCAAUUCCAUCAGUUGUUCCAUCUCUCGUUGAUUUAGAUAAAUCUCCGCUUAAACCUGACGAGAAAUCAGCACCAGUUGUCUUGAAAGACGACAAGAUCCCAGCUAAACCCGAAGACAAACCCAAGUCCCCUCUGGAUUCAGUUAAGCCCAGUCCUGCGAUGUAUUCAGAUGAUGAAAGCGAUGAAGAAUUUGGUGAUCGUAGACCCCAAGAAAAGCCACUACCUGCGUUUGUUUCUUCUGUAGUUUCUGGAGAUAAAUCUCCUCUUAAAGAUAUCCUUAAACUAGAAACGGUGACUGUGUCCAAGGCAGAAGAAUUUGCAAGCUAUACUAAAGCAAAUAUUGCCACUGUGGUCUCGAAGACUUCCGAUUUGAUUACAAGUUCAUUCACUGACGACAAACCCAAACUAACUGACUUGGAGGACGAUAAGCCCAUUGACUUGAAAGACGAUAGGGUCCAAGCUAAGCACGAGGAUAAACCCAAGUCCCCUCUUGACUCACUUAACUCUAGUCUCAUAGUGUAUUCAGACGAUGAAAGCGAUGAGGAAUAUCGUGUUCCUAGACCACAAGAAAAUCCCGCUAGUCAGCCAAUUCAAUCAGCUGAUCCAUAUCUCGUUGCUGGAGAUAAAUCUCCGCUUAAACCUGAAGAAAACCCAGCACCAGUUGUCUUGAAAGACGAUAAGAUCCCCGCAAAACCCGAAGACAAACCCAGGUCCCCUCUGGAUUCAGUUAAGCCCAGUCGUACAGUGUAUUCAGACGAUGAAAGCGAUGAAGAAUAUGGAGUUCCUAGACCCCAAGAAAAGCCCGCUAGUCAGCCAAUUCCAUCAGUUGUUCCAUCUCUCGUUGCUUUAGAUAAAUCUCCUCUUAAACCGGAAGAGAAAUCAGCACCAGUUGUCUUAAAAGACGAUACGAUCCCAGCUAAACCCGAAGACAAACCCAAGUCCCCUCUGGACUCAGUAAAAAGCGAUGAGGAAUAUGGUGUUCCUAGACCCCAAGAAAAGCCCGCUAGUCAGCCAAUUCCAUCAGUUGUUCCAUCUAUCGUUGCUGGAGAUAAAUCUCCGCUUGAAACUGAAGAGAAACCAGCAUCAGCUGACUUGAAAGACGGUAAGAUCCCAGCAAAUCCCGAAGACAAACCCAAGUCCCCUCUGGAUUCAGUUAAGCCCAGUCGUACAGUGUAUUCAGACGAUGAAAGCGAUGAGGAAUAUGGUGUUCCUAGACCCCAAGAAAAGCCCGCUAGUCAGCCAAUUCCAUCAGUUGUUCCAUCUCUCGUUGCUUUAGAAAAAUCUCCUCUUAAACCUGAAGAGAAAUCAGCACCAGUUGUCUUGAAAGACGACAAGAUCCCAGCUAAACCCGAAGACAAACCCAAGUCCCCUCUGGAUUCAGUUAAGCCCAGUCCUGCGAUGUAUUCAGAUGAUGAAAGCGAUGAAGAAUUUGGUGAUCGUAGACCCCAAGAAAAGCCACUACCUGCGUUUGUUUCUUCUGUAGUUUCUGGAGAUAAAUCUCCUCUUAAAGAUAUCCUUAAACUAGAAACGGUGACUGUGUCCAAGGCAGAAGAAUUUGAAAGCUAUACUAAAACAAAUAUUGCCACUGUGGUCUCGAAGACUUCCGAUUUGAUUACAAGUUCAUUCACUGACGACAAACCUAAACUAACUGACUUGGAGGACGAUAAGCCCAUUGACUUGAAAGACGAUAGGGUCCAAGCUAAGCACGAGGAUAAACCCAAGUCCCCUCUUGACUCAGUUAAGUCUAGUCUCAUAGUGUAUUCAGACGAUGAAAGUGACGAGGAAUAUGGUUUUCCUAGACCCCAAGAAAAGCCCGCUUGUCAGCCAGUUCCAUCAGUUGUUCCAUCUCUCGUUGCUUUAGAUAAAUCUCCUCUUAAACUUGAAGAGAAACCAGCACCAGUUGUCAUAAAGGACGAUAAGAUCCCAGCUAAACCCGAAGACAAACCCAAGUCCCUUCUGGAUUCAGUUAAGCCCAGUCCUACGAUGUAUUCAGAUGAUGAAAGCGAUGAAGAAUUUGGUGAACGUGUACCCCAAGAACAGCCACUCCCUUCGUUUGUUUCUUCUGUAGUUUCUGGAGAUAAAUCUCCUCCUAAAGACAUCCUUGAAAUAGUAACGGUGGCUGAGUCCAAGGCAGAAGAAUUUGCAAGCUAUACUAAAACAAAUAUUGCCACUGUGGUCUCGAAGACUUCCGAUUUGAUUACAAGUUCAUUCGCUGACGACAAACCUAAACUAACUGACUUGGAGGACGAUAAGCCCAUUGACUUGAAAGACGAUAGGGUCCAAGCUAAGCACGAGGAUAAACCCAAGUCCCCUCUUGACUCAGUUAAGUCUAGUCUCAUAGUGUAUUCAGACGAUGAAAGUGACGAGGAAUAUGGUUUUCCUAGACCCCAAGAAAAGCCCGCUUGUCAGCCAGUUCCAUCAGUUGUUCCAUCUCUCGUUGCUUUAGAUAAAUCUCCUCUUAAACCUGAAGAGAAACCAGUACCAGUUGUCUUAAAAGACGAUAAGAUCCCAGCUAAACCCGAAGACAAACCCAAGUCCCUUCUGGAUUCAGUUAAGCCCAGUCCUACGAUGUAUUCAGAUGAUGAAAGCGAUGAAGAAUUUGGUGAACGUGUACCCCAAGAACAGCCACUCCCUUCGUUUGUUUCUUCUGUAGUUUCUGGAGAUAAAUCUCCUCUUAAAGACAUCCUUGAAAUAGUAACGGUGACUGAGUCCAAGGCAGAAGAAUUUGCAAGCUAUACUAAAACAAAUAUUGCCACUGUGGUCUCGAAGACUUCCGAUUUGAUUACAAGUUCAUUCACUGACGACAAACCUAAGCUAACUGACUUGGAGGACGAUAAGCCCAUUGACUUGAAAGACGAUAGGGUCCAAGCUAAGCACGAGGAUAAACCCAAGUCCCCUCUUGACUCAGUUAAGUCUAGUCUCAUAGUGUAUUCAGACGAUGAAAGUGACGAGGAAUAUGGUUUUCCUAGACCCCAAGAAAAGCCCGCUUGUCAGCCAAUUCCAUCAGUUGUUCCAUCUCUCGUUGCUUUAGAUAAAUCUCCUCUUAAACCUGAAGAGAAACCAGCACCAGUUGUCAUAAAGGACGAUAAAAUCCCAGCUAAACCCGAAGACAAACCCAAGUCCCUUCUGGAUUCAGUUAAGCCCAGUCCUACGAUGUAUUCAGAUGAUGAAAGCGAUGAAGAAUUUGGCGAACGUGUACCCCAAGAACAGCCACUCCCUUCGUUUGUUUCUUCUGUAGUUUCUGGAGAUAAAUCUCCUCUUAAAGACAUCCUUGAAAUAGAAACGGUGACUGAGUUCAAGGCAGAAGAAUUUGCAAGUUCUACUAAAACAAAUAUUGCCACUGUGGUCUCGAAGACUUCCGAUUUGAUUACAAGUUCAUUCACUGACGACAACCCUAAACUAACUGACUUGGAGGACGAUAAGCCCAUAGACUUGAAAGAUGAUAGGGUCCAGGCUAAACACGAGGAUAAACCCAAGUCCCCUCUUGACUCAGUUAAGUCUAAUCUCAUAGUUUAUUCAGACGAUGAAAGCGAUAGACCUCAAAAAAAUCCCGCUAGUCAUCCAAUUCCAUUAGUUGUUCCAUCUCCCGUUGCUUCAGAUAAAUCUCCUCUUAAACCUGAUGAGAAACCAGUACCAGUUGUCUUGAAAGACGAUAAGAUCCCAGCUAAACCCGAAGACAAACCCAAGUCCCUUCUGGAUUCAGUUAAGCCCAGUCCUACGAUGUAUUCAGAUGAUGAAAGCGAUGAAGAAUUUGGUGAACGUGUACCCCAAGAACAGCCACUCCCUUCGUUUGUUUCUUCUGUAGUUUCUGGAGAUAAAUCUCCUCUUAAAGAUAUCCUUAAACUAGAAACGGUGACUGUGUCCAAGGCAGAAGAAUUUGCAAGCUAUACUAAAACAAAUAUUGCCACUGUGGUCUCGAAGACUUCCGAUUUGAUUACAAGUUCAUUCACUGACGACAAACCCAAACUAACUGACUUGGAGGAGGAUAAGCCCAUUGACUUGAAAGACGAUAGGGUCCAAGCUAAGCACGAGGAUAAACCUAAGUCCCCUCUUGACUCAGUUAAGUCUAGUCUCAUAGUGUAUUCAGACGAUGAAAGUGACGAGGAAUAUGGUGUUCCUAGACCCCAAGAAAAGCCCGCUAGUCAGCCAAUUCCAUCAGUUGUUCCAUCUCUCAUUGCUGGAGAUAAAUCUCCGCUUAAAACUGAAGAGAAACCAGCAUCAGCUGACUCGAAAGAAGAUAAGAUCCCAGCUAAAGCCGAAGACAAACCAACGUCCCCUCUGGAUUCAGUUAUGCCUAGUUCUACGGUAUAUUCAGACGAUGAAAGCGAUAAGGAAUAUGGUGUUCCUAGACCGCAAGAAAAGCCACUCCCGUCGGUUGUUCCUUCUGUUGGUGCUGGAGAUAAAUCUCCGCUUAAAACUGAAGAGAAAGCAAAACCAGUUGACUUGAAGAACGAAAAGGUCCCAGCUAAACCUGAGGAUAAGCUUAAGUCCCCCCUUGCUUCAGUUAAGCCCAGUCCAGCCGUAUCUUCAGACGAUAAAAGCGAUGAAGAAUUUGGUGAUCUUAGGCCCCAAGAAAAGCCACUCCCUUCGUUUGUUUCUUCUGUAGUUUCUGGAGAUAAAUCUCCUCUUAAAGACAUCCUUAAACUAGAAACGGUGACUGUGUCCAAGGCAGAAGAAUUUGCAAGCUAUACUAAAACAAAUAUUGCCACUGUGGUCUCGAAGACUUCCGAUUUGAUUACAAGUUCAUUCACUGACGACAAACCUAAACUAACAGACUUGGAGGACGAUAAGCCCAUUGACUUGAAAGACGAUAGGGUCCAAGCUAAGCACGGUGAUAAGCCCAAGUCCCCUCUUGGCUCAGUUAAGUCUAGUCUCAUAGUGUAUUCAGACGAUGAAAGUGACGAGGAAUAUGGUUUUCCUAGACCCCAAGAAAAGCCCGCUUGUCAGCCAAUUCCAUCAGUUGUUCCAUCUCUUGCUGCUGGAGAUAAUACUGCCCUUAAACUUAAAGUGAAGCCAACACUAGUUGUUUUAAAAGACGAUAAGUUUCCAGCUAAACCCGAAGAUAGACCCAAGUCUCCUCUGGAUUUAGUGAAGCUCAGUCCUCCGAUGUAUUCAGACAAUGAAAGUUUUGAGGAAUAUGGUGCACCCAAACAUCAAGAAAAGCCCGCCAGUCAGCCAAUUCCGUCGGCUGCUCCUUCUGUCGUUGCUGGAGAUAAAUCUCUGCAUGCUGAAAAAAAACCAGAUCCAGUUUACUUUAAAGACACAAUCAAAACUCAGUCAUUUUCGGUACCUGUUCGUUCUUUUGAAGGGUCACACGAAUCUCCAUUAAAAGCAGCGGAGACACCAAAACUUUCGAAUGAUGAGACCAUGGUCACGUCGUACUCCGGCGAAAACAGAUCCGUUCAGCAGAUUGUGGAAGACACUUUGAGAGCAGGCGAUGCUGAGGUACUAAAAAUAGUAAACGAAACACUUAAGAGUGUUCAGGUCCACCGCCACUUGGGCCAUGUGACGGAGCAGUUGGAAUCAGAAGAUGAGCGGUCGGUGGAGCAGAUUGUAGAAGAAACAUUGAAUAGUGCGAAGAUAGAUUCUUUAGGGCCUAGGGAUGAAAAGUUGUGCCCUAGUAACAUUGAGGAGGCCGAACCCAAAGAAGUUCGUCCAAUAGCAUAUUUUGUUAACUUAGAUGAUGAGAAAAAAUCGCCACUGCCCGCCAAGAAACCAGCCGUCAAAACGCAGCAGAAAAGGGUAGCUAAGUCGGAAACGGCAAAAGGGAAAAUAGUGAAAGAUUCCAGUGCAAAAUCAGCAGCAAGGAGUUCUCUGAGUAGGAGGACAGUGGGGGAUAAAGAAAAACCAAAGUCCGAUAUGAAAACUCAGGCUUUAACAUCCUCAACGCAGACCAAACAGAAGAAGCCAAUUAGUAAGCAAACCGUGACGCGGAAGACGUCUGUCUCGGAAAAACCGAAAGCGCCAGCCAAAUCCGAGCCGAGAAGGUCGGUGACGAGUUCCGUUUCGACCACAAGCUCAGCCUCUGCCACAAGCCGUGUGAUUAGUGAGAUACAUUUCGAGCGGUCUGCCAGUCCCGCAUCCAGUUCUAUAUUCUACGAGAGUCACCCGCAAGGCGAGGGCAGUCGCUCAACCACGCCGAGGCCUAGGGUGAAAACAGAUGUCACACGAAUACCCUACAAUACCUCAAUUCGAUCGUUGAGCCCCUCGUCCAAGUCAACGAAGUCAGCUAGAGUUACAGCUGCCUCGUCAGUGAAACAGACAGCCACAAAACAAUCUAAGACGACUACCAAUCGAUCUACCAAAGAGCUUACAGGAAGCACUGCUAAGAAGACCGACAGCAAAAUCAGUCAAGAGCAUGUGGAGACGAAGCGAAUGAUAACCCCGACACCCAUUGCCACACACAGAUAUAUGCAGCCCACUUUGUCUCACAAUAUCCGAUAUGGGUUGAGUGGCGAUGCCGAGGGCCAGAGGGUCUCUCCGGCUCCGCCAAAGUCCCCAGCACCGCCGAAAUCGCCGGCCCCGCCUCAGACCAAAAGUACGUACAGAACCCAGACAAGUAUGACAAGUGCCUUGACAAAGUCCACAUAUUUGGAACGAAAACAGAAGAAUUCUAUCGUCGAGAAGGUGCAGCCCCAAGCGCAUUCCCAAAUCAAGAGAGGUUCUCAGAGCGACAGCAAGGAGUCGCUGAAGAACACCGGACGCCUAUACAAGAGACAGACCUCCAAAGAAAACAAGCUAACAAACGUGAUAGGUUCCCAGAGCCAAGCAACCAAAAGCAUGAAGACACAAUCAGCUAAUUCAACCAAGACCAUUGCCCACAGAACUUCCAUAGAAACCGACAACAGGCAUGCGGUGGCCAGCCUUCAGAAGAAGGCCCCCCCAGUCACUAUACAGCGCAACAAAGUUCCGAUUAGCGCGUCUUCCAUGAAAAGGACUGCAGCAGCAAAGCUGCCUAGCAGAAGUGAUGAAACCGUCAAGAAACCUCAGAUAGACGUUAAGAAAACAGUCAGGCGUACGGUAGCCAGCAGCACGGCCGCCACCAGAACGGUGCAGAGCUCCAUUGAGCCGAAGCUGCAGAAGAAGAUGAAGGACAACAUGAACGAAUCAAGCUCGACCAGUGGCAGUACCAGUGCCAGCGGCUCUUCUAACAGCACCCGGCGCAGCGUGCGCUCGGUUACGGUCAGCCGGAAGACCGACAAAGAGAUGGCCAACCUAAAGCUGUCGGAGAAGAAAAGAGAACCGUCGACAUCGUCAUCGACAUCGACUUCGACUGUGCGCGUGCACAGGGAACCGACAGCGACAACCGCCGCUGUUAGCACCGUGCUUGUUGAUGACGACUGUGAGGUGAUAACCAUACGUUCCAUUAAAUCAAGCGAUAGUACAAAAAGUUCUACCUCAUCAUCCUCCGGUAGUGGCAGCAACAGUCGCAAGGUGCUAACCAGCGAGGUUUUCACUAAGACCUUCGGCCCCGACAGGCCCCUAGAGGUGGUCUAUCGGCAGCCCGAGUUCGAUGUAGAUCACCACACCACCAUGUCCGUGCGGCCGCCCUCCACAAACGAGCAGCAGCGGUGCAUAAACGAGUUUGAUGUUAGCUUUAUCGAUACCACCGAUUCCAGUCUUUCCGACUCCGUUGCACUGCCUAUGUUCGGCGCUGGCGAACCGGAGCGCCUGCUGGCCGCCAGUCCCGGCUCUCCCAAGCCGACCCGUAGUCCCCUGGCGCUCGUCGAGGAGACGUUGCGCCGCCAGCAGCAGCACCUACACCAUCAGCAGCAGCAUCCGCAGCCCCAUCACCACAGUGCACUCGUGGCAGGGGCAGGGCCUGGGGCAGGACUAGGCGCCUCUGCCUUAGACCCUUCGCUGCAGCUGCAUGUGGAGAGCGGCAGUAUUGUGGUUGAGACUGAGGUGGAGAAGAGCAGCACAUCCAAAGAAACCCUUCAGGAGAAAUUAAUCGACACAUCCAUUCUGGAUACCGAAACGAGCUCACAGCAAAUCGGUGAUGUUAAAGUUGGUGGUGGUGGAGGUGCAGGUGGAGGUGAUAAUGAUGAUGAUGGUGCAGAUCUUGUGGCACGCAUUCGCGAGGAAGCUACUAUCCUGGUGGAUAGCGUGCUCGAAGAAAGCGUUGAGAUCAUUGAGAGUCACGGCAUUGGCCACCAGCACCAGGCCAAUGGCCACGAGUUCGUUAAGCAGGAAUACAACUCGGAGAGUGACAACUAUGCCAUCACAUGCGACGACAUUGACGGCGUUGAUGUCAUCAAAUCGCCCACAAUCGAGUCCAUGUCGGGCAAGUCAUUCGAUGAUAACAUGAGCUUCACCGACGAGCACAUACAUUUACCCUUGCAUGUCCAAAACAUAACCGCCACGACCACGACCACAGUAACCACUCAAUACCAACAGCAACAAGCGCAGCCUCAGUCGCACUCCCAAGCUGCUGCCACAACUUCAUCAACGGCAAAAGAAGCAGGCGGCGAUUUACCAAUCUCAAGUGAAACCACUCCCGUACCACCGUCGGCUGUCGUGGCAGCCACAGUCGCCACAGACAAAGAAACAGCUGAUGAGCCGGCGGUAGAAUCCAGUUUAUUUACUGCCACCAGCCACGACACACCCACACCAAAGCCACGAGUUCUUAAAGCCAGCUCCCCCGUCUCCGAAGGCACUGGCACCGAUAGCACCACCACCACUAUUCCCAGCCAAGUGCAGAAAUCCGACAUACCGAUCGAUAUAAGUUUUGAUGCCGCUGCACCAAUUCCGAAACCCCGUGCCCCCAUCAAGCACACGGAACCGUUUGAGAAUCUGGCCGCCCUGGCCGAACAGUCCGAUAGCAUUAGCCUACGCAGCUUCGAGUUUACGGAGGACCUGUCCAAGACGGACGAGCCCUCCACGGAGCUGUCGAUCCGAUCCCAGCUGCGUGAUGUGGUCACAACCACAACUGCUACCACCACUGCCUCAGAGGAUCACACGGAGAGCUUCGAGCCGACCAGCGAGAUAUCAGUGGAUGAUGCUGACACUGAGAAGUCAGAGGCUGCCGAGAAGACCACCAGCUUUUAUAUAGGCGAAUCAAGUCGCAAUGUCAUCACCAAGACCACAACGAAGUCAGCGGGUGCAACACCCCAGGACGAAGAGGCCGCUACGGAUAUAGGCAUUGACGCCAAGGACAUUUCGCUGAUGAAGGAGGUUUCCGUAGACUCGGACGAGGCCAACGAUAUUUUUAAGGAGUACGUGACGAUGAAGCGUGAUGAUGCUGAGGCCGUGGAUAGCAAGAUAGUCAGACAGGGCUCCGAGACUAGAAACGAUAUUUUGGAGUUUGAGAAUGCCGACAAGGAGAAGGCUGGCGAGCCAAUUCUCACCAAGGUGACAACGGAGGAGAGCCUAACCACGUCCACCGGCUCCAGUGGUCGGGCUAUCAUAGAGGUAGCGCCUUCAAGCAGCGAAGACCCCGAUGAGUCCGGCAAGGAAAUUCCCGAAAUAGUGAAUACAAUAUCCUCCACAGACCGAUUUGAACUGCCGCUGGAGAAGAGUGAGUGGGAGACAUCGGAGAAGGAAAUCCCCAAUGCGGGCAAACCGAAGGUGGUGCACUCGCCACAGCAACCACAAGCUACCGCCGGAAAAGAUAUCGUUGAUGAAUCACCGGCCAGUGGAGCCAUUCGCGAAACACAGGACUCUUCUGAUUUGGUGAAGGGUGAUUUAAAAAGCGACGUAAAAUCGAUGCAAGAAUCCCCAGCCGGUUUCGAAUUCGAUACAAUGACGCACUCCUUUACCACCGGUGCUGAGAGCGAAGAUAUUUCGUCUUUUAUCGGGAUACCAGACAUGCAAACGUCAACAUUGGACAACACCCAGCCCCCCGAGGGUCUAUUCGAUACCACAAUCAGGGAGACCCUGAACAAGCAGGCGGCAAUGGCGCACUAUGCUCAAGACGUGUUCGGCCGAGUGGAGAGGCGUGAUGAUCAUGGAUCACUGGGAUUCGUGUCCACCGGCACCGCCGAAGAACUAAGCUCGAUGGAGGAGCAUAUGGCGAAAGAGGAGCAAGCCUCUCUUGGGUUUAUAUCUACGGAGACAGCAGAAGACUUCAGCUCCAUGGAGGACUACUACACGGAAAAGUUAACCACUGCCAGCUUGGUUGCGGAGGAGAUUGCUGCCGACAAGUCCAUCACCACCAGCACCUUUGAGGAGAUGACAUCGGACCAGUCUAUCAGGCCGGUCGAUGUGGUGGUUCAUCGGCUGAAGACCGAGUUAUCGCCGGACUCCACCAACCGCUGGUCCAUACCCGACGUAGACAAUUCUAGCUCCAGUGAGAGCUACCAAAAGAGCUUCGACAAAACCCAGAGCCGACCUCUAUCCUCUGACAUGGACAUCCUACUGACCGCCACUGGCACCGGAACCUCCAGCGAAUACCAGACUGCUCGCGAUUCCACCUGUCGCGAGGCAACCGAGUACGUGAGCGCAGUCAGCACUCUGAACAGCAGCAGUGGUCAGACCAUUAGCUCCCACGAGAGCAUGCGCAGCUUCGACUCGCAGUCGGAGACUUCAGCCAAUCUGGCGAGUAUCGAUGUGUCUGAGUUGUCGGAGACAUUGGUGGCCUCCUCAGCCGAGGCAGAUCCCUUUGAGUCGGAGGAAAUGUCUCGCCUGCGUGACCUGCGGGCCGAUGAUGAUGACAGCGAUGAGAGCGUAGAACUGCCAGGGUCCUCGUAUCCGACUAACGAGCAGCAGAGCUUGAUGAAGCGAUCCCAGGAGAUGAUUUUCAAGCCCAAGACAGAGGCGGAUGAACAGCCGGUCGAGGCAAUUCAAAUCGAAGAAUAUCCCAAGCCCAAAGACGCCGAACGCACCUGGGGACUAGCCUAUCCAAUGGAGGACAGCAAGGCCGAUAGUCCGCGGGAGAGCGAGAGGGCCGAGGACAUAUUGCUGUAUCACGGCGACCCCAGGCGAUCUAUCGACGAAUCCAAGCUGGCAUCAAGCCUGGACGAAGGCAGCAUUCUCUCGGUCAGCAUUUCCAGUACGUCUAACAUUGACACCGUUGUUGAGAACUUUGAUGACAUUAUCGGAUCGGCAGGCUCGUCGUCACUCACUGGCAUCGAGGGCUUCCAGUAUGGGCACGAUGAACCAAUGCCCUCUGCCUUCGUGCCGGAGGAUGCCACAUUCAUGCUGGAGAUGGAAAGCAAGGAGCAUUCUCCGCAGGACUCGAAUGCCAGUACGCCACCCGGCGGAGAGUCAAAGAGACGCGGCCACAAGCGCAACGAGAGCAUCUCCGGGGAUGCCCUGAAGAACCUGGACAAGGAAGUUGCCUUGCUGGGCGAGGGCAAGGAGUCGGAGAGUGAGUCGGAUACAGAUCCGUACGAGUCGGAGUAUGCGCGCCAAUUCCGCUCGCCCAAGGAGCGGAAGAGCAAGAAAAAGAAGCAGGCAGCUGCUGAGAUGGACCACAGUGCGGAGCUGGAGAAGCGUCCGUUUACCCCGUCCCAACUGGUGGCAGAGAUAAUAGUGGAGGACGCGACCGAGGAGUUGGAGGCCGAGGCCGCCAUGAUUGAGGAGCGUCGUCCCUCACAGAAUAUGCAGGACUACUCUAAAAUACCCGACAUCAUGGUAACGGAGGAGUUAAAGUCUCCAAUUUUAGAAGAGGAGACCGACGACUUCCCCGAGAAGUCCCUGUACAAAGUUCGCACCGAGGAGGAGCUUCAUAAGGCAAGCGAUACCUCUAUGUACGAGAAGGCCAAGGCCGAAGAGAAGGAGCAGGACUUCCAGAGGCGAGUACAGGAACAGUACAGACAGAAACUGGAGGAGCUAAAGCGUGCCGAAGUCGGUGCGGAGUACGAUGAUCGCAAAGCCCCCGAUUCGCCAGACUCCUUUGAAAUGGUCGAGCAGCCGGACAUAUCGGACGAGUUCGUCAUCAUUGAGGAGGUGGCCAAGGAGGCCAACGAAGUGGAUCUCGGCGGCAAGAGCAUCAAGAUAGCCCCUAUCAAGUACGAGCAGAAACACGACUCUGACGUUGAAAAGAUCAUCAUCAAGUCGGCCCCCGCCGACCCCAAGCUGGGAUCUCAGCUGUACAAGGAUGAUCUCAACUUUGAGUUCGAGGAGAGCCCGCCCACGGGCGCCAGCAGCAGCAGCGAUCAACAGGAGGAGAGCGAUUCUAGCGACACGGCGGCAGCCAACAAGCGGUGGGUGGAGAUGCAGUUGACGGACAACCAGCUGCGAUAUCCCUACGACCUCACUGGCGCCGUGUUGGAGGACAUCAAGGAGGAGGAUGGGGAGUUCGAGGUCGGCAGUAGUCGCAUCAGCAGCUUUAAGGACUCGUUCUCGAGCACACCCGAAUACGAUGUGAUGGCCGCGCGACGGUACCACUCCCGCGGCGAGCACGACGAUGUGUCCAUGAGCAGUCUGCAGGAGUUCGAGUCCCUGGAGCAGGCCAUUUCGUUGGAGAACCGUAACCGAACCCACCAGGGCUCCACGGACUCGAGCAACGGCAGCUUCACACGUCGCUACGUGGUCCGACACAGCGGAAGUGGAACUGCGCCCGGCGACGAUGUGUCUAUAUCCAGUCUAAAGGAGUUCGAGGGCCUGGAGAAUGCCUGCAUUGAAGCCCAUCUCAUUGAGAUCAAGGCCAGGGAAGAGGCUGCACUACUCUCACGAUCCGAUGAGUCGAACAAAUCGAAUGGAAGCGACAAAGGAGCCGCUGGCAAUGUUGUGGUAACCAAGGUGACCCGCACAGUUACCCGCACCGAAGUGGUGCCCUCCGGCCAAGCGGAAAACAUUGAAGCCCUGCUAAAGCAGAAGCUGGAGCUGGAGGAGGGUGACACUAAGCAGGGAUCCGCGUCGGUGAAGAUGGCCGACCUAACCGGCACUGAGUUUGAGAACAAGUCUAAGAUCGAUAGUCAGGACUCCGAAAAGGACAGCAUCGAUAGUAUGGAGAUCAGCAAGAGUCACGACAUGAUGACCAGCAGCAUUGAAAGCUUCGAUAUCUCAAAGGACGCCACCACGCGAUCCGACAUUGAUUCCCUGGAGAUUGAUAAGCGCCACUCGCGCCAGGAGAGCAUCGAGUCGUUCGGUGACGAGCAGCUCGACCUCAUGACCAAGUUUGUCAGCGGCGGAGGAGUCACACUGGGAGAUGGUCUGACGACCACCACCACAACUACCACUACUAGCACCGAUGCUGAUGGGCAUGAACACACCGUAACGCGGGUGAUAACGACCACAACGACUGUAGGCGGCGGUGUUCAGGAACUGCCUCUGGAUGAGAGCGGCAUGUCGAAGGACGUGUCCAUCGACUCCCUCAAUCUCUGCGUGGAGCUGACGACCAGCUCUGCUGGUACCACGGCGACGUAUCAGACAAGCGCAGGCAACUCGCAAAUGUCUGGAAGCAUCACGAGCUGUGCCUCCAGUACGCUAAUGGAGGACUCGUUCCCUGGUGUGGGUGCCAUGUCGUCGUCGCAAAUGUCUGCUAGUUUCUGGUCGCACGACGAGUCCACGGUGGUCGAGGAUGAGGGCGACCAAGUGAAGAAGCAGCAACAAGGCCAGUAAGGCCAGUGGCGCAGGAUGGGAGAGAGAGAAUACUCGUACAUACCUAGACGUAUAUGAAAAUGGGGCUUGAACAGAGACAUAGAAUAUUUGGCUAGAAGCAGAGCUCAACUAUGAAAGAGA